GUGUGUGUGUGUGUGUGUGUAUAUCUGUGGGUGUGUCUGUGUGUGUGCCUGUGUGUGUGUGUGUGUGCCUGUGGGUGUGUGUGUGUGUGUGGAGAGAGAGAGUGUGCUUCCCCCUGCAGUGUCAGCUCUCUCCUUGCCUUACCAAAUGCACGGAGCAGGGAAUUGCUAGCGAUGUGCAGCAUCUCCAAGUAGAGCGGGCCAAGUGCAGUUGGGGAAGGGCUGGGUUCCCGGAGCUGACAUUGCCCGUGGUCUCCCUGAAGCCUGGCAGUACCUGUGCUCUAGCGGCCAGGCUCCUCCGCCCUCAGCCUGUGCCCACACCCAGAUGUCCGAAGAUCCGGUGCCGAGCUCCUGGACCAAGAUCAUGUUCGCGCCCCUGUCAGCAGUUGCCCUGAGACAUGGCAUCUAGACUAGGGGUGAGAGUGGUGCCAACUUCACCCAGAGGGGCGCGCAGGUUCGUCUUCAUCUUCAGCCUCUCGCUCUCCUUCACCUGCCUGUGUUACAGCCUCAUGUUCUGCGGCCAGGCCAUCAUGCAGAAGCCGCUGGCUUUUCCCGAGCACCGAGCCUGCUACCUGCUGCAGAGUUCCCAGCACUGUGGCCACUCUGCCCGACCUGGGGACCCCGCAGCCCCCAACAGGACACUCAGCCUCAGCAGCCCGGGGACUGGCGUACCUCCAGAACGGCAGAGAGCCAGCGUCACGUCCCCAAGGCCGGGCAGCAAGCGCCUGCCCCUGGCCAUCAUCGUCGGCGUGAAGAAAGGAGGGACCCGGGCGGUGCUGGAGUUCAUCCGAGUCCACCCUGAGGUCAGGGCGCUCGGCACUGAGCCUCACUUCUUCGACAGGCACUACGAGAAAGGACUAGAGUGGUACAGAAGCUUGAUGCCCAAGACGCUGGAUGGUCAGAUCACCAUGGAGAAAACGCCCAGCUACUUUGUUACCAGAGAGGCACCAAAGCGAAUCUUCUCAAUGGCAAAGGGCACUAAACUCAUCGUAGUGGUCAGGAACCCAGUGACGAGAGCCAUCUCAGACUAUACCCAGACACUGUCCAAGAAACCUGAGAUUCCAACCUUUGAGGUUCUAGCCUUCAAGAACAGGACUCUGGACCUGAUUGAUGCCUCAUGGAGCGCUAUCCGCAUUGGAAUCUACGCCUUGCACCUGGAGAACUGGCUCCAGUUCUUUCCCCUCUCCCAGAUCCAUUUUGUCAGCGGGGAGAGGCUCAUCAUUGACCCAGCUGGAGAAAUGGGCAAAGUGCAGGACUUCCUCGGCCUCAAGAGGAUCGUUACAGACAAGCACUUUUACUUCAACAAAACCAAGGGGUUUCCUUGCCUGAAGAAACCAGAGAGCAGCAGCACGCCGAGGUGUCUUGGCAAAUCUAAGGGAAGGACUCAUGUCCAAAUAGACCAAGACGUUAUUGAGCAGCUGAAGGAGUUUUACAGACCAUAUAAUAUAAAGUUUUAUCAGAUGGUGGGACAUGACUUUCGAUGGGACUAACCACUAGCGGCACCACAAAUUGAGAAAAUAAAGGGGAAAGUUUAUGUAUGUCUUCCAUAAUAGAGGACUUAUCACAUUCAGAAGGAUAGCCUGUGUGACACACAGCAGGAAAGCGGUACUGGAGCUCAAACCUGAUGCCCUGAGGUUAGACUGUAAGCUAAAGAUUCUCCUCCUUAAUUCAUCAGGGUUUAGACCAAUCCUGUGAAAAGCAGGGUCAACCAUUGGGGCAGCUUUUGAGGAAGCCAGUGGGGAAAUGAGGUUCAACCAUGGAUGUAAUCACGGGGAGUCCACAGCCAACCACAGGAUCCACAUACUGGGGAAACUUGGGCUUCUGUCACUUUGGUCCAUUACUGAGGCAGUGUAGUGGCAUCUGGCCAAAUGAUGUGUCUUUUUUUAAAGUGAAAUGUGUUGUAUUGUACUGAUAUUGUUGGCAUCUGGAAUAUUGCCAUCGAAACCGAUUGGAACGCUAAGAUUUACCUGCACUCUGAAACAAACAAGUGCUCACCCCAUUCCAGUAUAAAACAA